AUGCCUCAGCUGACGGUGGUCCACGCCGCGGGUCAGAGGGCAGCCGGGCGAGGAGGCCGUCAAUGGAUGGAGGAGGUCAGGGAGGACGGGGGGGCUGCAGAGAGGAGAGCAGAUCUGCAGAGAUCAAAUCCCCCACCACUUGAUGCUCAGCCUCAUCCCACAUCCUGGUCCCAGUUUGAGAGGACUCUGCGACCUUGGAGAAGCUACUGGUACUUUGCCCCAGUGGGUGUAGUGUGGUUAGUCUGCCAAGUGGAGGCGCAGGCAGAUGUGUGCUGGAGGCUGCUGCUGCUGUGUUUCCUGUGGACGGUGCUGGGAGGCUGUGUCCAGGCCCUGAGGUGGCGCCUGCAGCCGGGACACGACCAGGGGGAGCCAGCGCAGAGGGAACAGCCGGAGGAGGUGACGGAAAACCGAAAUAUCCAGUGUUCAUGGGCGUCCCCGUCCCGGAGCCCAGGCCUCCACGUCCCUCUGGCCCUCGCCCUGGUCAACAGCCUGCUGCUGUGUGUCCUCCAGGAGCCGCUCCCCGACCCCAGUGUCCCCCACAUCCAGGCCCUGCUCUCCAGGCUGCAGUCAGUGUCUCUGGCCCUUGAGGAGGCUGAUCCUGGGUCAGAUGUGACACUGGACGAGGUGGACGGAGGCUCCACGCUGAAACACACAGUGAAGCUCCUCUGCACCUACCUACAGCAGAGGAUGGGGUCGCUGCGUACUCUCGUCCAGGUGCAGGGGGACUUCGAGGCCGGCGUGAAGUACAUGCUGGAGGGUCUGGACGGCCUCUGGGCUCAGCUGGAGGAGCUGCACACCGGGGUCACACUCACCAAGGAGGGGGGUGAAGACCAGGCAGACGUGGCCCUGGCCCGGACGCGCACAGAGAAUUUGUUUUCAGUCCUGAGUCACUACAGGAGCAGACUUCAGAGCUGCCAGACUCAUCUGAGGGACGGCACGCGGCAGCUGCAGGUGAUCCUCUCCUCGUGCAACAAACACCCACCUGUGAUAUCUCCCUCCCGUCUUCACCCUGUUUCCUUGUUUCACAGGAGUUGAUGUGGAGUCACACUCACAUCAGCCGCAGGGUGAGAUGCAGCAGUGAGUCUCUCUGGCCCGAGCUGCUGCUGCAGGCCAACAUCGAGCAGUUUGACAAGGUGCAGGAGAGUUUCUUCUCCUUGGAUCAACAGACCUCCACGUUCACGGCCCACCUGGAGGGGCUCAGGAAGGCGAAUGAGGAAGGACAUGCGAGGCCCCUGGCUUGUGCCAACGGGGCCGGUUCACGUGCAGCCUCACCACAGGCCUCUCCACGUCUGGGACACACAAGUGAUUCAUCACCGGAGCCUUGUUCCACCUCUGUCUCCUCGAUGGAAACCGACCUGGAAGACGACGCCCCUCUCUCCCUGUGCGAGAGGUCGGCUCUGCAGUUCUCCUCCACUAUCGGACGCCUGCGUAAAUCUGGAAAGAGGAAUUGAUUUUUUGCUGUUUUCUUAUCUAAAUGUGGUUGUAUGUGUUAAACAAAAAGGCUUCUCAUUGUCAAAUGUUGAUCAUUUGCUGGUUUCCUCAAAAAUAUAUAUUUAUUGCUGUUGCUGUGUCAGAAAUCCAGAAUUUCUUCAUCUUCUCUUAAUAUGUCAUUUCAAUUUUUAAACACUAGGGGGCGCACUUCCACAAAUCAUUACAGUUGAAGUGUCUCACAGCAGCCAUUCAACAAAUGAUCCUACAUUAAUAUAUAUGUUCAGCUGAGAUCUGUCUGAUUGGCUGAGACCCUUUCUCUCCAAUCGACUCUAACGUUUAACACAUGGGUCUUUCUUCGAGGUCGGGUCAGUCACAACUUCAGAAUCUUCCAUAUUUCUUAUAAAUGGAUUCCAGACACAUGUUUUAAGUGUUUUCAGAAUAUUCAUUUUCUGGUUCAUUCCAUUAAAAAAAUCCCAGUUUCAUGUUUUACUGGACAUCUGCCUUGUUUA